AUGGUGCCAGAGUCCACGGUGGAAGAGCUGAGACUCCGUGCACAGACAGCUCUGAGCACGAAGGGAAGGCUGAGGACGGAGUCUGGAGCAGAAAUCGAAGGAGAGAUGACUCUAAGUCUGUCCCAGGCUGGCCUCCAAACCGGGGACAGGCUGACGCUCUAUGCGAGGCCUCUGCAAGUUGCAGCAACGCAGCACGCGUUUGCGGCCAUCGAAGGAGAUGGAUCAGUGGUGACAUGGGGAAACCCCGAAUUCGGCGGAGAUUGCAGCGGAGUUCAGGAGAAGCUUAGGAAUGUCUUAUGCAUUCAAGCUACUGAUGCCACCUUUGCGGCCCUCCUUGCUGAUGGCUCUGUGGUAGCUUGGGGCCACGACGGAAAGCGUUGCAUCAAUAAGGGAAGCGCAGUGGAAUGCAUCCAGUCUACAAAAACAGCUUUUGCGGCUCUCCACAGCAAUGGAUCCGUUGAUGUCUGGGGAGUCUUGACGGGAGCCGGGGCACUGACACAUUACCGAGGUGUUCUGUGUGCUUUCGACAAUGUGUCUUGCGUCCAAAGUAACGGAGCCACCUUUGCAGCCCUCUUGCGCGAUGGAAGCGUUCGGGCCGUGGGAGACAUGGAGAAUGGUGCAGACAUCCGCGAUGUGCAGAUGCGUCUCCAGAACGUGCGGCACCUGCAGUCCACUGGAACGGCCUUCGCCGCCAUCCUGGAAACUGGGCUCGUGAAGCAGGGCUACACCGUCGUCCGGAACGUCUUCUCGGAAGCAGAGUGUGACGCGGCCGUGGACAAGAUCUGGGGCUUCGCGGAGGGCCGCUGCCCUUCCCUGAAGGCCGCGGACGAAUCCACUUGGACGGCCGAGAAUUGGGGAGCCUUUGCAAGGGGCAAGUGCCUCUGCCAACUUCUGGGUGCCGGCUGGGUGCUCUGGGAGGAGCGGCUCCUCUUCCGCCGUCGCCUGGUGGAGCGUGGCAUCUACGCAGACCGGCCGCACCACGCGAGCUGGGACGGUUUCACCUUUGGGCGUCCGGUGACGAAGCUCUGGCGGCGGUCGGAGUGGGACCACACGGACCAGGUCUUGAUUGGCGGUGAGAGCACCGGAUGCACCUGGAUUCAAGGGGUGGUCGCCCUGAAUGCUCUCGAUCCGGAGGUUGGCGCAGCCUUCGAGUGUUGGCCGGGGACGCAGGAUGAUGAAACCUUCCGCGAACUGCAGCAGACUGCGGGCCUCUGCGACACGCCAAACGGGCCCUUCCGACCGCUCCUGGAAGCCGGCCGGGGUUGGCUGCAGGGCAAAGGAUUCCGUCGCCAGCGCGUCCCUGUCGGUCGGGGCGACGUCAUCCUCUGGGACUCCCGCCUGGUGCACCAGGGCGGCGCUCCACUGACGCCCGCCGGGAGUCGCUCCCAGGAGCCCAGCGGAAGCGGAGGCCGUCGCACCUCCGUUGGGCGAGCAGCGGCCUACUUCAGCCUAGGCUUGCGCGAGUUUACGCCGGAGGCGGUGCUCAAGAAGCGUCGGGAGGCUUUCCAGGCCGGCGGCGUGGCCGUGACGCUGAACCACAAGGCUGAGGGCUUCGAGCCCUUCAAGAAGAGCCGCCUCGGGGUGGAUCUACGGAUCGAUCGGCCUUGCAAGCGGGGCGUGGAAAAGAGCCGUUGUGCGGUGGUGCGCGAGUUUCAUAGGCGCCAGCGCCUGGAGCGGCUUUUGCACGCGUCGGAGGAGCUACAGCUCAUCGCUGCGGCGGUGCUUGUAAGUGCCCUUGGGGGAGAAGGUCGGCCCCAUGUGCUGCCCGUUUGGCUCGCUCUUGGGAGGCCACGCACGCAUUGCCACCACAUCAUCUUCGUCUUCACCCGUCCGCGCUGGGGCUCCAGUGAAAGCCGAUUUGCAAUGUCUGUGUGGGGUUGA